AUGGCUCAAAAUACGGAUAUAUCGACCCGCUCUUUUAUUGUUGCAUUGAAGUCACCUUUUGGUGGCAAAUCUACACGCGAAAUCGCAGAAAUGACAGGCAUAUCGCCGCGUACGAUCGACUCAAUUUAUGGUAGAGCCUGCCAGCGAGGCUUUGAGCCUAACGCACGCCUAAUUAAGAUCCUUCCGCAGUACCUCGAAGAUGCCCCGCGCGCAGGCCGCCCUCGUAAACAAGAAGAAAUACACGACGCUACUCUUAAGAACGUACGCCGCGAUAGGUAUGGGAGAGAGAAGAGCUGCGCUGAUAUUGCUGGUGAUCUUAGUGUUCACGGCUACAACGUCUCGUCGUCCACCGUAUGGAGAGUCCUU